AUGCGACUAACUUUUAUUAUUGUGUUGUUGGAGCUAUUUGUAUCGCUGCAAGCGAGCCCACAGCUGGGAGGAGGAGGUUUGCUAGGAACUGGAGUUGGUGGCUCCUCGGGAUUGCUUGGAACUGGCGUUCUGAGUAGUGGAACCACAAGUGGAUUGCUAGGAACGGGCGUUGGAGCUACUGAUGGGCUACUGGGCACAGGAGUUCUCGGUACCGCAACCACGAGUGGAUUGCUAGGAACGGGCGUUGGAGCUACUGAUGGGUUACUGGGCACAGGAGUUCUCGGUACCGCAACCACGAGUGGAUUGUUAGGAACGGGUGUUGGAGCUACUGAUGGGUUAUUGGGCACAGGAGUUCUCGGUACCGCAACCACGAGUGGAUUGCUAGGAACGGGCCUUGGUGCUACUGAUGGAUUACUAGGCACAGGUGUUCUCGGUACCGGAACCACGAGUGGAUUGCUAGGAACGGGCCUUGGUGCUACUGAUGGAUUACUAGGCACAGGUGUUCUCGGUACCGGAACCACGAGUGGAUUGCUAGGAACGGGUCUUGGCGCUACUGAUGGAUUACUAGGCACAGGUGUUCUCGGUACCGGAACCACGAGUGGAUUGCUAGGAACGGGUCUUGGCGCUACUGAUGGAUUACUAGGAACAGGAAUUCUCGGUACAGGAACCACGAGUGGACUAUUAGGAACGGGCAUUGGCGCUACGGAUGGAUUACUGGGUACAGGUAUUCUCGGUGGAGGCUCAGGGGCUACAACAACCACCGUUGCUACAGCAUCUACUACAGUCGCUCCAACUACGGCAGCAUCGACAUCAACCACCCCAAUUCCUACAACGACCACGAUAGCAGCAACAACGACCACGAUAGCAGCAACAACGACCACGACAGCAGCAACAACGACCACGAUAGCAGCAACAACGACAACCGCUCCCCUUACAUCAACUACAGCAAUCCCCACGACAGUUACAGUUCCCGUAACAACCACAGCCGUGUCCCCUACUUCGACUACUGCAAUCCCUACAACUACUACAGUUGCCGCAACGACCACAGUAACCUCCGCUCCUACUGGAACUGUAACGUUCAACAUUAAUGGAAGCAUUAUAAGCAUUUCCGCCAGUGACCAGGCUACUAUUGAUGCCAUUAAUGCGGCUCUGUCAGGUUCUUCGACUACUGUCGCCAUGACAACUACUUCUGCUCCUGGAAUUAGAAGCACCGUGUCUUUCAAUAUUGGCGGAUCGAUCAUUACUGUUGAUGCCGCCGAUACAGCAACGAUCAAUUCAAUUAUUCAAAGUCUUAGCAGUAGCUCAACGACUACAUCGACUAGUACAACGACCACUAUUACUACCCCUGCGACGGGUACAACUACCACAGUUGCCCCCACAACUACAAGCGCUGUUGGUGGAACAGUUUCUGUCUCUAUAAUCAUCAACAUCAACGGGCAGUUCAUAUUGAUUACAGCAUCCAACCAAAGCUUAUUGCAACUGACCCAACAAAUCAUGCAGCAGAUAUCAACGAUGAAUGCUACUACAAAACAAACCCCGUCCAUCGUCGUUCAACCUUCAGCAGCCCCAUCGUCCAUCAAUUGGGGAGGCCGCUCAGGUGGAUGUCUGAGACGCCGUCAUUCUUCAGAAGAGUUUGGCGGCCAUCAUGGCCAUCGUGGAGGACUUGGAUUUGGCAUUGGAAUUCGCGGGCCACUUGGAGGAGGAAUUCAAGCCGGAUUUGGUGCCCAAAUUGGUGGUGGCAUACCCAGGGCGAGUGCAAGUGUUGGAGGGGGUAUUCGAAUGCAAGGUCCUCUAAGAAACAAUAUUCAAGUUGGAUUUGGAGCCGGCCUAGUUCGAGGGCACAGGCAUGGCUAG